UGUUGUGGGGGCGUUCGACAAUGUCUGGUGGCCUUCCAUCGUGGGUGAGUUGCGGAGUGCGAACCUGCCCUCCACCCUUUACUCCACAGUCAAAAGUUUCCUUCGCGAACGUGAAGUGAUUUAUGUCACCCCGACAACUAGGUAUGUUAGGAAACUGGAGAGGGGAUGUCCCCAGGGGUCAUGCAUAGGACCCCUCCUUUGGAACGUCCUUGCCGACACGGCGCUGAGACUCGCCAUGCCAGACGAUGUCCAGCUGCAGGCCUACGCGGAUGAUCUGUUAAUAGUAGUCGCCGGUACCAAUCGGCGCGAGAUGGAGCGCCAAGGCAACGAAGCCAUAGAACGGCUCGCUUGCUGGGGACAGUCUCAUAAACUGACCUUCAGCCCCGAGAAAUCGGAGGCCCUGACGGUGGCCCGUACCGGAAUUUUGGCACGUCAGCCAAUUUACCGAAUAAGGGGCAACCCCAUCAGAAGGGUAAGCGAGCUUAAGUACCUAGGUGUCAUCAUUGACCAAUCCCUUUGUUGGACGCCGCACCUCAGGUUUGUCCGAGACAAGACGAAUCGAGCGAUAGCGGGACUAUCGCGACUGGCGAGGCAGGAGUACGGCAUAGGCGGAGAAGCAAUCCGGGCUAUCUACAAGAUGGCCCUGGAGCGCAUGAUCUGCUAUGCUUGUGGUAUCUGGUGGAAGGAGUCUGCCAACGUAAAACAAAGUAAGACCCUACUUACUAUCCAAAGGCCCGCUGCCCUACGGGUCACACGUGCUUACAGAACGGUAUCCACUGACGCGGCCCUAGCCCUGGCAGGGCUUCUCCCGCUGCCCCUAGUAGUCAGCCAGGAGGCGGCGUUCUUUAGGGUCGCGGUGGAGGGCUUACAGGCAAAGCACUGCAACCAGAUGUACCCAGCGAUGAAACUCUCAUGUCAGGCAGACAUAUGGAGUACCCACCCAAGCCUAAGGGUGGGCAUCGAUUGGGAAGCCGGUGAACCGACUCUAAGCGGUAUUGAAAUAUAUACCGAUGGUUCCAAAGACGGCAGCCAAGUGGGCGCAGCCUACUGCGUUUACCACAACGGAGCCUUAGUGUACAGUUCGUCAGUCAGACUGAACGAGGAAGCGACCGUGUUUCAAGCCGAACUGGUGGCUCUUUCGGGAGCGUCCCAGUGGAUCCUACUCCAUCCGGGUCCAGAGGCUGUCACGGUGUACUCUGACAGCCAGUCGUCACUUCAGGCGUUACGUGACGGGUACCACAGAGACCUUCUGGUACACGAGAUCAGAGGUAGGGUACUGAGGGCGAGGCACAUGCGACAAGUUGACCUGAGAUGGGUACGCGGUCACAUCGGUAUCCAGGGCAACGAAUGUGCCGAUCACUUGGCCAAGGAGGCGGCCAAGGGCCCAUUUGUAACGGAGAAGGUAGAACCUCCGGCUAGUUACUUAAAAGGUACUCUACUGCAUCGAUCNUUGCAGUUAGCAUUUUAUUUAAUAUAA